UCAACAGCCACAGAUCGUCGACGUGCCUCGAGCUCAAAUUCUCGCUCUAAGCGUGUCCACGCUCGCGACGCGUCUAUGUGUGUAUCUCUGGGUGGAAGUGUAUGUGUGUGUGUUAGUGUGAAAACUAACAAGCCCACAAAUAUUUGCUAGCAUCAGAGAAACAGUGAAGUAAAGGGAGUGCUGUGAAUGCGCAGACUUCCUGUCUCGACGCAGCCACUUACGCCUCUAAUUCCCUAACGUAUCCAGAUACGUGCUGGAAAGGUAGCAGCGCGGAUUUGAACGGUCGACUGCCGGCAAGGAGGUGCAAAGUGCAGACCCGCAUCCAGACAUCAGCCAAUCGAGCACCUCAACAACUGCGGCGUUGGACUUAAGCUGCAUCCUUUGUUGUUCCUCUUUCUGUUGCUCUCCAUCGAAGUUGCAACUGCUCACCAACAGUUUAAAAUGCAUUUGCCCGCUGCGAAAGUGUCGGGCUAUGUUGCCCUGAUGAUUGUGCAAAUAGUUUUUCUUGUACUAUUCUGGCUAUUCGUGCGUUAUCACAAGGGGGCGAUGCCGAUGGCAAUAGGAGGGGAUGGCGAUGGCAAAAAGGAAUCAGAGCCCCUGGGCGAAGGCGGCAUUUCCAAAUAUCCGCAAUUUCAGGAUGUCCAGGUUAUGAUCUUUGUUGGCUUUGCCUUUCUGAUGACCUUCCUGCGCAAAUAUGGUUACAGUGCGACUGGAUUUACUCUCUUCCUGGCCUCCUUAGUGGUGCAGUGGUCAAUAUUGAUGAAAGGAUUCCUGCACCUGGAGGGCGGUAAGAUCAUGCUAUCGCUGGAGAGUCUCAUUGAUGCUGACAUUGCCGCCGCCGUGCCUUUGAUAAGUAUGGGCGCUUUACUGGGCCGCACCACGCCCAUACAAUUGCUGUUCAUGGCCCUUGUGGAGAUUGCUCUCUUUGCGGCCAACGAAUUUGUGGCAUUGAAUGUGUUGAAAAUUACAGAUACUGGUGGUUCCAUAACGGUUCAUGCUUUCGGCGCGUACUUUGGCUUGGCCGUCGCAUUCAUUCUGCGUCCGAGCAAGGACCAGAACGAGGCCGGGAAGCACGAGGGGCCCACCUACACCUCAGACCUUUUCGCGAUGAUUGGCAGCUUGUUUCUUUGGAUUUACUGGCCCAGUUUUAACUCGGUACUGGCCCAGGACACGGGCUCUGAACGGGCAAUUUUGAACACGUUCCUGUCAUUAGCCGCGGCAACAGUCAGCGCCUUCGUUGUAUCCGCAAUUGUGAGCCAUGAGAAUAAGCUGGAUAUGGUGCAUGUGCAGAACUCGACGCUCGCCGGCGGCGUUGCCGUGGGAACAGUCUGCAAUUUUCUGAUCGGGGCCCAUGGCGCUGUCUUAAUUGGCAUUAUCGCCGGCACUGUUUCAGUGCUUGGCUAUCGCUAUUUAACUCCCUGGCUUACUGCUAAUCUGCGACUGCACGAUACCUGCGGCGUACACAACCUUCACGGAAUGCCGGCACUUAUAUCGGCCAUAGCAUCGAUUAUAUACGCUUCACAAGCAACGAUUGAGGGCAGCUACGAGGCGGAGAUUUGGAAAGUCUUUCCGGCCUGGGAUAAUUCAUUAGCCGACAAUGAACACCAGGCUGGCAUUCAAGCGGUCCAUCAAUUGUAUGGAAUCGGAAUGACCCUGCUCAUUGCCAUUGGCGGUGGCAUUCUUAUGGGUGCCAUUUUAAAGUAUACAAGCUUCCGCAACUUGCAGAAGGACGAACACCAUUUGGACGAAUAUUUUUGGGAGGUUCCAGAGGAAAAGAAGGACGAAUAGUUGAGUGUUUAAAGAUGCUUACGAAAAUAUCACAAUGGCACACUCACUCUCCAUUGCAAUCAAGGCACCAGCACUAUUUGUAUUUUAGCUUUGAAAGGACAUUGUGAGCUGUGUCCUAAAUGCUACCCCUUCCUUCAACCACUUCGUUUAUGUCGCUUAAUUUUUGUAGACACUUGUCGCAUUUAAUUAAAAAGUUCAAUAAUUUACACAUUUAAUUAGAGCCGCGCACACAAAAAGUAGCAAUAUAAAUAUAUUUUUUAAUGUGACA